AUGGGCGAUUUACAGGAAUACGUAGAAGUUAUUUGCUUCAUUUUUCUUACUUUACUUAUUGUUUUUGGAACUGUUGGAAAUAUUGUUUCUCUUGUAAUUUGGAGCCGGGGAAGUAACAGUAAAUUGUUGGUGUGUUCUACAUAUUUUAAGCUUGUGUCAGUGAGUGACAUAUGUGUUCUUCUUCUCCCAGGCAUAUAUGAACUUCUCAGACUUUAUCCUGUGAGGUACGUACUGACUGAAUACAAUGAUUUUCUCUGCAAGAGUGUUACAUUUGGAAGACUUUUCAUGACACAGAUAUCUACAUGGCUUGUUGUUGCCGUCACAAUAGAGAGAGUGUCAAGUAUAUUAUUCCCACUGAAAUACAACCUUGCCGGUGCAAGGAAACGGGCAUACAUGGUCGGCCUGAUCAUAUCUAUUUUCUCCUGUUUAGUCAAUUCAUUAUUUUUCUUUGGAAUGGACAUUAAGUUUGACCAGAAAGGGCAGCUUGGGUCUUUCUAUUCAGAAAGACAAAAAGAGAGCGUAUUUGCUCAGAUGCAUGGAAUUGAUUUGGAUAUUCUGAACGGAUCGUGCAAUUAUGAAGAUAAAAAUGCUAUUGUAGGAUUUCAGAACUUGGCAGGAACAAGGCAACAAAGUGAAACCUUUACAGAUUUUCUGAAUAGGACAACAGCAAGUUCGACAAAUGAAACAGACUUAGUUGAAGAGAGAGUAUGUGAUUUUGUGAAUUUACCCAGAACAGUAGAACGGGUUGCAUGGACUGUUAAUUAUGUUGUAAUGAUAUGUGUUAUGCCCUUGUCAAUCAUUAUUCUUUGCAACAUAGCGAUUCUAUUUAGACUUUCCUUUACGCAUAGGCCUCUGAACUCUGCUACUAAGAGCAACAAAAGCAGUUUAGCAGUUUUAACAAGACUUGUAUUAGCUAUUGGAAUAGUUUUCACCUUGUCAACUUUACCUAUGGCAUUAUAUGUGCUAAGACAUUUGGAACGUGUGGGAAGAACAUUGGACGUGCUUGAGAUAGACAUUUUACCAACAGUUGCGAGAUCACUCUUUUGUCUGAACAAUGGAACGAAUUUUAUCUUAUACUUCAGUUCAGGAGAAAAGUUCCGAGAAGAUUGCAAACAUUUGUUUAAAUCUGUUUUCAAGUGCUGCAGACAUACACGAAAGAUUAACUUGGAGCUGAUACAAAUUAAAUAUUGA